AUGAAUACUUUCACUGCAAUAAUAUUGUGUUUGGUGUUAUUUAAUGCAGCAAUGUCGUUGGAAGUAUUCGAAAAAAGAAUUUAUGUUGCUCAAAAUAAAGCAGAUUGUGUUGGCACAGUUCCAAUGAGAUGUUUCCUAGUAAAAAUGGCACCUAAUGAUAGAUGGGAGUUUCAUUUUGAUAAUAUUGAUAAUUUCAAUUAUGAUGAAGGAUUUCAAUAUGAAUUACUGGUUGAAGAGAAAAAACAUGACAGACCUGUUGCGGAUCGUCCGUCAUUCACAUGGUCACUACGUAAAAUAAUUCAGAAAAAUAGAGUUCAUGAAAUUGCAGAGGUUGGACACCAUUAG